GCUCUGAGUGUGACGUGUAGGACCUCCUCCUCCGACACACAGCAGCAGUAAUGGCGGACUACGACAGCUACGAUGAGCGGGACCGGGCCUACGGCAGCUUCGGCGGCGGCAGAGGGCCCCGUGGCGGCGGCGGUCCCGGAGGCCCCAGGAAGCAGAAGGAGCUGCCAUCAGAGCCUCCGUUCACGGCGUACGUCGGAAACCUGCCGUUCAACACAGUGCAGGGAGACAUCGACAUCAUCUUCAAAGAGCUCAACAUCCGCAGCGUCCGGCUCGUCAGAGACAAAGAGACAGACAAGUUCAAAGGUUUUUGUUAUGUCGAGUUUGAAGAUUUGGAAUCUCUAAAAGAAGCUUUGGCGUACGACGGCGCUUUGCUAGGUGAAAGGUCACUGAGGGUGGACAUCGCAGAGGGACGAAGGCAAGAGCGAGGAGGAGGCGGCGGCUUCGGCUUCAGGAAAGACGACGGUAGAGGACGAGGAGGUGCUCGAGGAGCUCCCAGAGGAGGAGGAGGACGUGACUACCGCGACGACUACGACCAGCAAGGAGGAGGUUUUAGAGAUGACGACUACAUGGGGGGGCGGAGUCGAGGCGGCGGCAGUCGCCCUGGCGACAGAAGGGGGGGAGGCGGAGGCGGAGGAAUGGGUCGCUUCAGAGAUGGGCCACCUCGCGGAGGAACGACAGACUUCAGAGAACCGUCGGAAGAGGAGCGUGCACAGCGGCCUCGCCUGCAGCUGAAGCCUCGGACCGUCUCUGAGCCGCUCAACCAGGUCGCAAACCCAAACUCCGCCAUCUUCGGCGGAGCUAAACCACGAGAGGAGCUCUGACUCAUUUAAACCACCAACAGCUGACCAGAUGGUGGCGCUAACACGCCGCCUCUCCAACAGAAAAGAAGAAAAUUAAAGGUUUUUGUGCCGUUUGUUGUUUCAGUGUGGAUCAUGUGGAAGCCGACUCCCAAGAAAAUGUUGUAAAAUUGAUGAAAAGUCCAAAUAAAUGUUGUACGAUGAUGUUCACGUUUUGGCUUUUAAUGGAAACAAACUUAAACCUUCAUCUUGUAUUUUUCCCGGUUGGAACCAGCUGCCGUAGGACAGACCUGGACACCCAACAGUCCGGAUCGGGUCUCAGUGUGGAUCGGGUCUCGGUUGGGGAUCGGGUCUCGGUGGGGAUCGGGUCUGGGUCUGUAGAGGUUCAGGACUUGUCUGUCGGUGGUUUUUUUGGUUCUCAGUCCGCGUCGCUUCCAGAAUGUUUGUCGCUAAAAAGCAGUUUAUUAGUUUUUCCGGACAUUAAAUGGAGAAACGGUUUCUUACUGUAUGAUAGAAUAAAAACAGCUGUUUGACAUUUUUGUUCUUUUCCCUUCACUGUUUAUGGCAAUAAAACUGUAUCAUCGUA